UUCAGUUAUUCUUUCUAUGGUUCUUGUUUGAUAGAAAGAAUAACAGGUUUUGGAUUUGUCUGUGUGUUUGGAUUAGUAUUCGGUUUAACCAAUCAAAAUUCGAAACCUUAACACGUAAACCAUGAUGUAAUGAUCUAAUUAAUGAUCAAUUAAAUGUAGAAAAAAAAAGAUUAAUAAGCAAAAAUUCCAUUUUCGCAACAGCUCAAACGUUUUCUUCUCUUUCCGAUUUAAUCUGAAAACUGAAACAAACACAAAAGCAACGAUUUUUUUUUUUUUUUGGAAAUUUUUUCCUCUGUUUAUGGUUCAGCUUCGGUUUACUAAAUCCAUAUGCCGUCACGAUCAAUCUCGGCGCCGGUUCCGGCUCCGGCUCCGAUCGUUUCCUCUUUAGCCCCAGCAGCGCCGUUGGGACAUCAGAAUAGGACAACGCGAAUCUUUCCACCGUUAGUGGCGGCUGGAGCCGGCGCCGGUUUCUCUCUCUUCAUCACUCUCUCCGUCUGUUUCUGCAAAUUCAGCCGGAAACGUUCAUCACCUCCGGCGGAAAACGCCUCCUCUUCGCCUCGGAAAUCACCGCCACGUGAGUUUUCCUAUUCGUCUCUCCGUCGCGCCACCGGCUCUUUCUCGCCAGCGAAUCGUCUAGGUCAAGGCGGAUUCGGCGUCGUAUUUCGUGGAACUAUCUCCGGCGGCGAGAAUGUAGCCGUUAAAGUAAUGGAUUCAGGAUCUCUUCAAGGAGAAGGUGAGUUUCAGAACGAGUUGUUCUUCGCCGCCAAGCUUGACUCGCCUCACGUUGUCCCUGUUAUUGGCUUCUCUCACGAUCGAAAACGACGACGUUUGCUUCUUGUUUACAAGCUCAUGGACAAUGGUAACCUCCAAGACGCGUUGCUUCACCGGAGAUGCCCUGAGCUUAUGGAUUGGAAUCGGAGGUUUUUGGUUGCGGUUAACGUUGCGGAUGGGAUUGAGCACCUUCAUAGUCUUGAACCACCUGUGAUUCAUGGUGAUAUAAAGCCUAGCAAUGUUCUAUUGGAUAAUCUCUUCUCUGCCAAAAUCGCUGAUUUUGGUCUGGCUAGGUUGAAACCGGAGCAAGUGGAGAUUAAUGUAGCGCCGGAGCGUGAUGGUGAUGGAUCUAUGGUUGAAGAAGUAGAGAGUGUUAUAACUACUGUGACUGGUUAUGAAGAUUUUAACUUUGGGUUGGUUGAUCAGUCGCCGGAAAGUGUUGCUAAGGUUCCUGGGUCUGUGAGUGCUUCGCCGGAGACAACGACGGUUGUCUCUGUUUCUCCGGAAAUGGGGGAGAAAACGGAUGAGGAUGGUGGUAGUGUUGUGGUGACAAAGAAGGGGAAAGAGACUGAGAGCAAAGAUUGGUGGUGGAAGCAGGAGAGCAAUGUUGAAAGAGGGAAAGUGAAGGAGUAUGUGAUGCAAUGGAUUGGUUCAGAGGUUAAGAAGGAGAGACCGACCAGAGCCGAUUGGAUUGAGGCGACAGCUUUGUCUUCGUCGUCAAGUAAGAAACUUGAGAAGAAGACUAGCAAGAGACUAGAAUGGUGGUUGUCACUAGAGGAAGAGGAUGAGAAGAAGAAGAGGAAGAAGCGAAGGAUGGUUAGAGAGUGGUGGAAAGAUGAGUAUCGUAGAGAACUCGCUAAGAAAAAGAAGAAGAAGAAGAAGACGACUUUAGAAGCUGAAUUUUGUAGUGAUGAUGGGAGUAGUAGUGUGAGUCAAUGGCGGCGUGGUAGUGGUAGUGGUAGCAGCAUAGAUUGGUGGUUAGAUGGGUUAAGUGGUGAACGAUGGUUGAGAGCAAGGGGAAAUAGCCAUGACUCGGUGAGCGGUGAGAUAGCUAAGAGCUGUGGAAUCAGUAGCACGCCGAGCAUGAGAGGAACCGUGUGCUAUGCAGCGCCUGAGUAUUGUAACUUAGAAAACAAUGUGUCUGAGAAAUGCGAUGUCUAUAGCUACGGUGUUCUGUUGUUAGUUCUGAUUUCCGGGAGGCGCCCGUUGGAGAUGACAGGAUCCGCGAGCGAGAUCCAACGGGCAAACCUCAUGUCUUGGGCGAGGAAGCUGGCGAGAAGAGGGAAACUUGUUGAUCUUGUAGACCAAAAGUUGCAAAAUUUAGACCAAGAACAAGCGGUGUUGUGCAUAAAGGUGGCCUUGUUGUGUCUGCAAAGGUUGCCGAUUUCACGACCGUCAAUGAAAGAGGUUUUGGGGAUGCUUAAAGGAGAAGUGAAUCUACCAGAGUUGCCUACCGAGUUCUCACCAUCGCCGCCAUUGAAGACGGUGAGGAAGCAGCGCCGUUGAUUAACUUAAGUAUCACUUUGGUUAACUUUAGUUUUAGGAACUUUGAAUUUAAUUUCACAAUACUUUCCAACUUCUUCCAAGUUAGUCUGUUUUUUCCCUCUUCAAACGCAUUAUUGUUUAUUGACAUUGAUUCUUACUUUCUUAGUUAUGUAAUUUUUUUACACGUUUAAACUUAAUGUCAUACACUUCUUCAAA